CCCUAGAAGUGUCAACGUCAAGUGUCACAGUGUCAGAUUUUAAAUUUGAAGGUUCUAACGGAAACAGAUUUUUCUGCACAAGUAAAAGAUAAAAAGCUUUUUAACUUUAAAAAUGUCUUCUAAUAAAGAAAAUAGAAUUAACAAGCAAGUAGAACAAUAUGUAUCAAAAUUAAAAAUACCCAAGCAAAUAGAUCAAGAUAUGCGAAACUUAGUUAAGUCGAUGAUAUCCCAUGAUGCUUUUGGAAAUACAAAUUACAAAUGGUCAAUAAAUGAUUUCGAACUUGGAGGAAGACUCGGUAGAGGAAAGUUUGGUAGAGUGUAUAUUGCCCGUGAGAAAAAAACUGGAUUCGUUGUGGCCUUAAAAACGCUGUUCAAAAAAGAAAUUGUUAAAGGACGAGUUGAGCGACAAACAUUAAGAGAAAUUGAGAUACAGAGUCAUCUUAAGCACCCAAAUAUUCUACAAAUGCUGGCAUGGUUCCAUGAUUCUCAUAGAAUAUAUCUCGUAUUAGAGUAUGCUGGUAAAGGAGAACUCUACAAACAUUUAAAAGCUAGUGAAGGAGGCAGAUUUAAUGAAUAUUUUUCUGCCAAGUAUAUAUAUCAAGUAGCAGAUGCCAUUCACUACUGUCACCAAAAUAACGUCAUUCACAGAGAUAUCAAACCAGAGAAUCUCUUAUUAACAAUUACGGGAGAUGUUAAGCUAGCUGAUUUUGGAUGGUCUGUUCACGCACCUUCUUUAAACAGGGACACAAUGUGUGGUACUUUGGACUACCUGCCGCCAGAGAUGGUUGGGGGACAAUCAUACAAACAUUAUGUAGACCACUGGUGUUUAGGUAUUCUGUGUUACGAAUUUUUGGUUGGAAAUCCGCCUUUUGAAAGUAAGGAACAAGAAGAAACGUAUAAAAAAAUUAAAAAGGGUUAUGUGCACUACCCAGAAUAUAUGUCUGUAGGAGCCAAAGAUCUGAUAUCAAAGCUUUUGGUACACAGAAGUGAACAUCGUCUUUCUCUUCCAGAUGUCAUGGGACAUCCGUGGAUUUUAGAACAAAAAGAAAAGAAUUCUUCAACAUAAGUUUGUAAUAAUAUUGGUUUUAGUUUUUAGUUUACGUAUUUUAUUACUGAUUAGUUUUUAAUAAGUUGUACUACAUAUAUUUAUGCUACCAAUUAUACAAAUAAUUUUUUA